AUGGGGAAAACAUGCCUAAGUCGGCUUCAACCGUCUUUUCAUAAAAUUCCUGUUCCCCGCCCAGAUCUGGAAUGCGAAAGGGUAUACGCAGAAGUGCUGGAGGAUAACGCGGAGUCAGCCAUCGUACCCGACUAUCAAGACAAAACUGCUGAAGUGGUUGUUGAAUUGGAGAAGGGAACUGUUCAUUUGCUACCGUUUCAAUCUGUUCAGCAACAAGUCGAACAGGGUACCGUACGAUUAUUGUAG